AUGGCGGAGCAGGACAGAACAGCACAAACAGUUCAAGAGCUCACCGACAUCAUGCAGGAGCUCGCGAAGCGCGUUGAGGAGCAGGAUGCCAGGCUCAAGUCUCAGCAGAUGGAGCAGAAGAUGGAAACUGCAGCUCUCAAGCGACGCAUGGAGGACCUCCAGCAGAGCAGUUUGAAGGAGGUGAAGACAGUUCGCCAGGAGUACGAUCUGGCUUUGGACAGCCUCGGCUCUCUCAUUGAAGAUGUUGCUCGAAGGAUGACGCGUGCCGUGCAACGCUUUGAGGAGCGAGGCAUUGCAGACUUGGAGCGCACCCGAGAUCAGGUUGAAAAAUCGUUGGCGACACACUCCACCAUCCUUACCCAGAAAAUUGAUGCUGCCCUGGCUGCUGCGGUUGAUCGUUCCAGCCAGGCAAGUGAUCACGCCGAUCGCGAAUCCCGCGAAGGAGACGAGGAUCAUGGCGGCGGUACUGGAAGUGCAUCGGCUAAGAAACCGUACCAGCAGAUCGAAACGAUGCGACGUGUGGAGACGAUCGCGCAGAUGUUGCGGAACGAGGCGCUGGCUCAGACCCAAGCCUUCGAAGCCAAGCUGUCCUCCAUUGAAGCCGCGCAUUCCGCGGAGGCGAAAAGGUGGCAAGGCAUGCUGUCCUCCUCCUUCACUCAGCUCCAGGGUUUGCAGCGUUCCAUCUCCCAGCUCGAGUGCGGACUCGCGCCUUCGGGCCCUCAGGGUGGAUCAAUCGUGAUGCCAGUGGCACCACACGCCAAGAUUGAGAAAGAGAUCACCAGUGCAGAGAAGCUGCGGGAGGAUCUGUCCCGCAAGCUGCGCGGCAUCGCUUCCUCCGUGAACGGGGCCCUGGUGUCACUGGAGUCGCAGGCAGAAACUCGAGGUCAAUCCCCGCAGCGAGCACGCAGCCCGGUGGUUCUUCCGCUGAACCCUGCUGGUACGAUGGAAAAGCAGAUGAGGCAGAGGACAGAGAAAGACCAGGCGCGAUCGCCUCCACCGGGCAUUCCAAUGACAGGUCCUCUUGAGAUGCGUGAGGACGGUGGAAGACGCCCUGGAGUGCCAAACAGAGGCGGAAGCACCAUGAUACCAGUAGCGAGCACAUCACCCGGUGGUGCAUGCGGCGCUUAUUCGCCUCAGCGAGAUGAGGCAACGAACGGAGGGAGUGCGCUGGAUGCCAGUGCUCACGGUGUCAACCGACUGGGGUCGACUCAGACGACGCCUCUGCGGAAGAACUCGUCACGCUUGCACAUCGGGUUGAACGGCACGCAUCCUGCCGGAAUGGCCUCGGGCCGGACUUCCGUUGGAGACGCUGACCUCCGCAAUUCCGUGGCUGACCUCCAGCGCUCUCGCCCUUGA